AUGGAUGAAGCAUUACCAGCCAGUUCAGAGAAGCUUACUGUCAUCCAUUCAAAAGCUCACAGAGAUACUGUUCUGGCUAACUUUGAAGAUCAGAGGAAGAAAGACUUUUUGUGUGAUAUCACUUUAAUAGUAGAAAAUGUUCACUUUAGAGCUCACAAAGCUUUACUCGCUGCCAGCAGUGAAUAUUUCUCAAUGAUGUUUGUUGACGAGGGAGAGAUAGGCCAGUCCAUCUAUAUGCUGGAAGGGAUGGUGGCGGACGCCUUUGGUGCCCUGUUGGAAUUCAUCUACACAGGCUAUCUGCAGGCUAGUGAAAAAAGUACGGAGCAAAUAUUGGCCACGGCUCAUCUCCUCAAAGUGAAUGACUUAAUAAAGGCCUACACAGACCAUCAGAAAAGUCACAGUCUAAAUAAUGCGCACUCUGCUGCGCCUAACAGUGGAGCCACAGUGGUUGUUUUUGUGGAUGAUACAAAAAGCGAAGAGCCACCGAAGCGAAAACGUGGAAGACCAAGAAAAGUUAAGAAUAUUGUGGAGGAAAAAGUGGACGCACCUUCAGCUGAGGAUGCACAGCUGAGAGAGAACAACUCGGUUCACAACAAGCAAGACUUUACGAAAAAGGGUGUUGUCAGAGAAGACAGAAAUUCUAAUGAGUUGGCCGCCGUAAGCAAAGACGUAGAAGAAACUGAGCAUGCUUGUAGUUCAGACGCUGUGGUGGCCGUCUCUACUGAAAAAGAUGAGAACUGUGAUCCGAAGUCCCAAAGUAUCAUCCAGGCCGGUCAGGGUCGAUACAGUAAACGUAGGAUUUGGAGAUCAAUCAAAUUGAAAGACUAUAAACUUAUUGGUGACGAAGAAGGCAGUGAGCUGAAAAAGAGGUCUGGGGAGAGAAGGAAAUGUACAGGUUCCGAAGUCCAGUGCAAAGAUUGUGGAAAACUGUUUAAAUAUAAUCAUUUUUUAGCUAUUCACCGCAGAAGUCAUACAGGGGAACGCCCAUUUAAGUGCAGUGAAUGUGGUAAAGGCUUCUCUCAAAAACACUCUCUCCAAGUUCAUGAGCGGAUGCAUACUGGAGAACGGCCAUACACAUGUACUGUAUGCAGUAAGGCUUUAACAACAAAACACUCACUUCUGGAACACAUGAGCCUGCAUACAGGUCAGAAGGCUUUUACUUGCGAUCAAUGUGGAAAAUAUUUCAGCCAAAAGAGACAACUUAAAAGUCAUUACAGAGUUCACACAGGCCAUUCAUUGCCAGAGUGUAGCCAAUGCCAUCGCAAAUUCAUGGAUGCAUCGCAGUUAAAGAAACAUUUAAGAACACAUACAGGUGAAAAACCAUUCACUUGUGAAAUCUGCGGCAAGUCUUUCACCGCAAAAAGCUCUCUUCAGACUCACAUCAGAAUCCACAGAGGUGAAAAACCAUAUUCGUGUGGGAUUUGUGGGAAAUCCUUUUCUGAUUCCAGUGCCAAGAGGAGACAUUGCAUCUUACACACUGGCAAAAAGCCUUUCUCUUGCUCAGAGUGCAACGUGCAGUUUGCGCGCUUGGACAAUCUGAAGUCUCAUCUGAAGAUUCACGCCAAAGAAAAGCAACUGCAGGAAGUGAGCAGUGUUCCCAACAGCAGUGGUGCAGAGGAAGUGAGGAACAUCCUCCAGUUACAGCAGUACCAGCUGUCCGCCACCAGUGCACAAGAGAUCCAGCUGCUGGUUACCGAUUCCGUGCACAACAUAAAUUUCAUGCCCAGCCACAACCAAGGUAUUAGCAUUGUCGCCGCUGAUGGCUCCCAGAAUGUGAUGACAGACCAUUCCGGUAGCCUCACCCUUCUUACCCAGCCCCCCCAGCAAUUGCAGAACUUGCUUCUUUCAUCCCAGCCGGAGCCGGCAGACCAGAUGCAGAGCAUCAGCAUGGUGAGCGGCCAAAUGGAGCCUGCCCAGGCCGAGCAAAUGCACGUCAUCACGCUGUCGAAAGAAGCUCUGGAGCAUCUCCACGCCAGUCAGAGUCCAGCAGAGGUGCUUCAGAUAGCGACAGGGACACCCCAUCCGGCCCAGCAUUUGCAGGUGCCCCAAGAACCGAGCCACUUCCGCAUCAGUCAAGAUGCGGUCCUGCCUCCUCCGGAAAUGAGCAAAGGACAGGCCCAAACAGGACAUGUCUCCGAACCACCUCAGCAGCCCCUCUGACUGUUGACCAGUCAUCUGGUGACCAUCGUACCGAGAGGCGGACUUUUUAAAAAUGCAGGCUGGUUUGCUUCUUAUUUAUUUAAUAACAGGAGUGAAAUGAAGUCUUUCAUACCAACUCCAUUGUGUUUGGUCCAUUUACUCUUUAACUUUGACACUGAUGGAUGCCUUAUUGUAGUUGGGAUGCGUUUCC